AUUCACUGUAUCACCACAUUAGAAAAGCAGUCAACAGCGGAAAGUUCCAUGUCCCCCUCUAUAGUGGCUCAAAGUCUUCAGUAGUAAGUAAAUAGGACCAGCACGCGAGCUUUAGAUUGUAUAUCCGACAAAAUCUCUGUGGACGCUCCAAAAGCGAGAAAGAGGUCACACUGAAUUGAGUCAAAUGAGCAUUUGAUAUGACUCAUAACUGGACCACCUCAUGUAUUUAAGGCUGUGUGAUCAUGGAAAUAACACAACCGUGUCGGGCAGGAUAAAGAUUUCAAAAGGCCUCUGUAAGCUUAAUAACACCUCAACUGACUUACCUGACUGCCAGUGGCUGCCGAAUUUAACACUGUGGUGCUGCCGCAAGCCGAUAUUCAGAGACAGGUAUCUUGUGUAUCGCACUCGUACCGGCUAAUGUAGAAUGCCGGCAGAUGAAUUUAUCUCGAAACCACCGGCGAAUUAACUAUAAUUCAUUCAGACAGCCGCCUUAUUGACCUUGAUGUCAUCCAAGAUUCAUACCGCAAAUGACUACAUGAUACAUCUAAACUAGCGACGUCGACAAAACCGGGAUCGGACCGCCAGCCGUUUUUUGGGAUGUCACGCAACGCUCCCCCCAAAGAAACGGCUGCUCACAUCCGAACAACAGUCCUUUCCAUUGUGUAGCCUAUCACAGCUUCCGUUUCAUUUUCAAGAACGUUUUCGCGCCAAAUUCACCCUUUGAGACUUGUCCAAUCAGAGAUCAGUUUCUAUCGUCCCAUCGCAUGGUGGGAAAAUCACAACUAAACAUGGCGACAAUGGCGGCUCUUGAAGAAGCGUGCCAUCUAGCGUCUUCCAAGUUCAAAAUUGCGGAACUAAAUGCUUACCAGAAGCUUGCAAUUCGGAAAGCUGUCUUCGAGAGGGACGACAUCUUCGUUAAUUUGCCCACAGGUUCUGGGAAAUCUUUAAUUUAUCAGGCUCUCCCGCUCGUGUUUGACCACGUUUCCAACGUGAAUGGUCACAUUGUGGUUGUCGUGUCUCCCUUGGUUAGUCUUAUGGAUGACUAAGUGAAAUAUUUGCAAAGUCUUGGUCUGUCUGCCGUUAACAUUUCUUCCGAUUCAGAAGCUGACCGUUCAAAGAUUGAGAAAGGCGAAUAUUCCAUCGUAUAUGGCUCCCCUGAAGCAUGGCUCAUGAACGAACGCUGGCGAUGCAUGUUGAGCAAUGAUGUCUACUCGAGUAAACUUUGUGCCGUUGCUGUCGAUGAAGCACACGUCAUACGGCAGUGGGGAAUGUCAGAAGACAAUAAAACAAAAGCAUUCGGUGAGUGCUAUGGCCACCUUCACGAGCUACGAUCAUUAGCUCCAAAUGCUAAGAUGAUUGCUUUGACUGCAACAGCUACAAAACUGACUAAAGAAACCAUUUUAAACAUUCUCCUCAUGGAGAAACCAUUUGAGGUUCAGGAAAGCCCGAAUAAGCCAAAUGUUACCUACAUUGUAAAGUGCAUGCAAAAAGAUGCUGACCAUGAGUUGUAUUUUGAGUGGUUGGUUAAAGAGCUCAAAUUAAAACGGGCAUCUUGUGACAGGACAAUUAUUUAUUGUCAGACAAUUAAGCAAUGCAGUGUUAUAUAUGGAAUGGUGAAAGGCAUGCUUGGCAAGGAUAUUUAUCAUGGAAUUGAUAGUGAUUCAACCAAUGUACUAGUUGAAAUGCUUCACUCUUGCACACCUUCUGCAAACAAAGAAAAAAUUCUUCUCUCCUUCCAGUCAGUGACGGGAACUAUCAGAUUGUUGAUCGCAACAAUUGCAUUUGGAAUGGGGGUAGACUGUAAAGGAGUGCACAGAGUAAUUCAUUAUGGACCUGCUAAAAAUGUGGAAGCAUAUAUCCAGGAAACAGGUAGAGCAGGCAGGGAUGGUAUUCAAAGUGCUGUGUACAUUUUGUACCAUGGAGUCCUCCUUGCCCAUGUUGAUGGCCAUAUGAAACAAUUUGUGAAAACUACACAUUGCAGAAGAAAGGAGUUGCUGAAGCACUUUCAUUCAACAACGUGGCAGCAUGAAGUUCCACAUCUUUGCUGUGAUAACUGUACGGCAGAAUGCAAUUGUGGUAUGCCAGAUUGUGGCAGUUUUUCAUCAUUUCCUGUGUCUCAAGGGGAAGAAGCAGACCCUGCUUCAGUGAAGAAAAGGAAAGUGCGCGAAGAGCAAAGAAAAGCUGUGGAAGGUCGCCUAAUUCAAUAUUACAAGUCCAUUGUAAUCAAACUGUUAAACACGACAGCUCAUGGUGAUGUGAAGACACUCACAAAUUUGCAUUUUAUGCUAGGAUUUUCUAAACAUCAAAUCACACAAGUGUUGGAUAACUUAGACAUAAUUUUCAGUUUGUCUGAUGUUUACAAAUUUGUGGAAAUAUGGGACAUGAGGCAUGCGCUGGAGAUACUUUCAGUUAUCAGUGAUGUUUGUAAUGAUGUGAGUACUGAUAUUCAGUCAUUUGAUCUUACUCGAUUAGAGGACAAUGAAUAUGAUUUUGAUGAGGAGCUUCUUGAUGAAUGGAACGAAAUCCUCCAAGACAGUGACUUAAUUGACAUGAUUGUUGACAAUUCGUCUAUUUCCCAACUAGAAAACUCUUUACUAGAAAUCGAACCUGAUUGCAAUAAUUUUGAAGAAACUGAAGUACCUUCAGCUGUUUUAGCAACUGUCGAGGCCAUGAAUAUGGAUGAUCUAUAGACUGACCUUGGUACAUGUAUU